GGGGUCAGCUGCCGGGGCCAAGAUGUCGCUGAGCAAGAAAAGAAAGCUUGAGUCGGGGGGCGGCGGCGCCGGCGCCGGAGGGGAGGGAGCCGAGGAGGAAAAUGGCGGGGAGCAGGAGGCAGCCCCGCCACGACCCCGGAGGACCAAGCGCGAGCGGGACCAGCUGUACUACGCGUGCUACUCCGACGUCUCGGUCCACGAGGAGAUGAUCGCCGACCGCGUCCGCACCGACGCCUACCGCUUGGGCAUCCUGAAGAACUGGGCCGCGCUGCGAGGCAAGACGGUGCUGGACGUGGGCGCGGGCACCGGCAUUCUCAGCAUCUUCUGCGCCCAGGCCGGGGCCCGGCGUGUGUACGCGGUGGAGGCCAGCGCCAUCUGGCAACAGGCCCGGGAGGUGGUGCGGCUCAACGGGUUGGAGGACCGCGUGCACGUCCUGCCGGGCCCGGUGGAGACGGUGGAGCUGCCGGAGCGAGUGGACGCCAUCGUCAGCGAGUGGAUGGGCUACGGACUUCUGCACGAGUCCAUGCUGAGCUCCGUGCUCCACGCGCGGACCAAGUGGCUGAAGGAGGGCGGUCUCCUCCUGCCGGCUUCCGCGGAGCUCUUCGUGGCCCCGAUCAGCGACCAGAUGCUCGAGUGGCGUCUGGGUUUCUGGAGCCAGGUGAAGCAGCACUAUGGCGUGGAUAUGAGCUGCAUGGAGAGCUUCGCCACGCGCUGCCUCAUGGGCCAUUCGGAGAUCGUGGUGCAGGAUCUGUCCGGAGAGGACGUGCUGGCCCGGCCGCAGCGCUUUGCCCAGCUCGAGCUGGCCCGAGCCGGCCUGGAGCAGGAGCUGGAGGCUGGUGUGGGCGGGCGCUUCCGCUGCAGCUGCUAUGGUUCCGCGCCUCUGCACGGUUUCGCCGUCUGGUUUCAAGUGACCUUUCCCGGAGGGGACUCGGAGAAACCUCUGGUGCUGUCCACCUCGCCUUUUCACCCGGCCACACACUGGAAGCAGGCGCUCCUCUACUUGAACGAGCCGGUACCGGUAGAACAAGAUACGGACAUUUCCGGAGAGAUCACCCUGCUGCCCUCCCCGGACAACCCCCGGCGUCUGCGAAUACUUCUGCGCUACAAAGUGGGGGACCAUGAGGAAAAGACCAAAGACUUUGCCAUGGAGGACUGAGCGUUGCCUUUUCUCCCCCUCCACCUUCUUCCGAAGGUCCGAAGAGAAAGGGAGAUCGCCUAUGCAAGUAGGGGACACAGCUGUCUCUUUUACCUCACCGUUCCGGUCUUCAUUUGAGGACAUUUCUUCUGGCAGAGUUUAUUUUAAAAGCACGGGCAGUAUCGACAUGGCUAUACAUGAAGAGCAAUGUAUGCCACAGGGUACCAGAUGAUCCAAAGGAGCCCCACAGCCUUUGGGAGGAAGAUACAUGGGAUGGCUAAAAGCCUGAGGUGUGUGGACACCCAGGCACUGUCUGAUGUGUUACGUGGAUUGGGACUGGUAACUCGAAGCCUUUAGGGCUGCAGGAGGGGAUUAUCAGACCCUAGAGAAAGCAUCAUGAUAAAGUUCCACCUACCUUCCUCAUACCAUACGUUUAUUUAGCCCUCUAAAAAUUCCCAAUCUUGUCAUUAAUUUAUUAAACCAAUGAGCAUAGUUGCUAGAAAUGCAUUCUAAUAGUCAUUGUGAUAGGUAUUUGGAAUUACAAGCUAAUGUGAAUCCUGCCCAUAAUUAGAUGUCUACCACUAAAGAAAGUAAAGGCCAUAUGGCAGGUUUGUUAGGACCUGGAUGGUUUUAGUGUCAGAAAAGAUGGUUAAUCUGUUUUAAACACUUAAGUAAAAAGGUUUCUAUAGAUGCUGAUGGACUUGACUAAAGUUACAUACAUAGUUCUUGUUUGUGAAAUGGGAUCAUUGUGCAAGGAUGGCUUGGAGCCUGAUAGGGAGCUGAGGAUGACUUUGGACUUGAAGCUCUUGCCUCCACCUUCCAAAUGCUGGAAUUAGUAACACUGUACCACUGUGCCCAGCAUAGACCCAGUUUUUGACAGAACCUUAUGCACAACUCUGACUUUCUAAAUGUAAACAAAACUUCACUCUUGUUAUUCUAAUCCUGCAUUCUUCAGUUAAAAACUGGAGAUUACAUGCCACCUUAACGGUAACAAGGGUUUAUUUUUUGGUGAUGAAGGGACAGUGUUGCAUACUAGAAAGUCUAGAGCUGCCCAGAAGAACCAUCUGCAGUGUAUAACUUUGUGAGUUUGACAUAAUAGGUACUCAUUUGGACAGCCCCUAUGUUUAUUUCCUUAACACUAAUCAAUGUGACAUUUUCUGGGGUCCCCAGAAAACUGAAUCCAUGACAGUGGCAAAGACAAGUGAACUCCUUGUCAUUUGGUCAUUUGGGCAGAGAGAUGUGGAUGUAAAAGAUAAAAUGGAGUUCAAGGUGACUGAAAAGCACCUGCUGCAAACAGCUGCCUGACAUCCUGUUUACUGCCAGCCCUGCUGUUAUCCCUACAGUUUACCUAGUGCUGAGGAAAGAUGGCUCCUAAGGAGCUUUUACUAACAGGCCCCACUCCUCCACCUGCCCAUCUCUAGUAAAUGGAUCUCCAUUAAUUUAAUUAUCAACAGCUACAUAUUAUCUAAGCACUAUAAUGAAUGAGCACAUCUGCCCCUCAAAGAACUAGGAUACAGUGGGAACAAUAAAACAACAUCAGUGAUUUUCAUGCAUCCAUAAGCCUGGAAAUCCUUCCCAGCGCUUAGCUCCACUGAGCAAGGAUGGAAAGGCAGCUGUCAUCCUUUAAGCCUUUCUGAGGAUCAAAAGUCGUGUUCCUAUCAUCAAGAAGGUUGUGAACACCUGAGAAACUUUCCCACCUGGUGGUGUAAAAUUAGACAAAAGGUCAGUCUGUUUCAUAAUAGACAAAGUGUAUUAAAUAGGUGAUCCCCAGCUACUAAAAAACUCUAAGCCAAAUUUAUAUUCAGCUAUGUGUGUGUGUGUGUGCAUGCGCGCCAUCCCCAGCUUUCUAUGUGAUUUCCAUGCUUCAGUUUGUUUAUGAUUUAUCCUCUUACUUUUAAUAAAUAUUACAUGUAUUUUUCAAAUUUGU